AUUUCAUCCAGUUCAUCGCAGUAUUUAAUAGGUUCUGGUGCAUCCAACCGAGAGGAAGUGAUUUUAGGUAGUUCUUAUUAAAGUGCUUCAGAAAGUUAAAAAGUGCUUAUUUCUAGUCCUAUUACAGUUUUCAAGUGUACUUACAGAAAAAAAACUGUAAAAAAGUUUUAUAUACUGGCUGCCCACGCCUGUGUUAUUCAGAUUUAAUGAAGACGGCUGAUGAGUAGCAUCCGGUCAGGCGAUAGAGAUCGUAUUACUGUGAAGAUACGUAACAUGAAACGUAGUGCCUCGCGCGAUUCAGUACCAAGAUCGAAGAGGCGCGGAAGUAUUGGACGUUACGAGGGAAGUUCAGACGAGCGAGUUACACCCGAUAGAAUGAGACGACGAGUAGCAAGAUCCCCAAGCCCUCGUGGCGGAAGCGCCCGUUAUGCAUCUCCUCAUCGCGAGGAAUAUUCUCGUUCAGCACGAGAAGGGGCUAGCGAAAGAUACUCCUAUAAGGUACUAUGUGUAAGUGCCCUGCAUCCGAAAGCAUCUGAUGAAUUUAUCAAAGAAACUUUGUACCGGGAGUAUAAAAAAUUUGGAGAUUUUAGCAUUCGCAUCUCGCAUGAUUUGGAUGAACGUGUUGCGUAUGUUUGUUUCCGUACGUCGGAAGAUGCUCGAGAAGCGAAGCAUGCCAAGUCUCGAAUUGUUCUGUAUGAUAAGGUGGCAUUGGUUGAACCAGUGUAUGAAUCGUCCAAAUCCGAAUCGUAUCGUAGACCACGUUCGGCAUCCCCACAAGAAUAUGAUCGGCAUUACUAUGCUCGUUCGCCUGGUGUUCCUCCACCCGAACGUCGCCGACCAGAGCACCAUCCAUAUGAAGGAUAUGGUCCACCCCCAGGGCGUAUGCAUCAUCCAGAAUUUCGACCCCCGAUGCACCAUGAAUAUAUGCCACGUGGCCCACCAAUGCAUCAUCAUGGACCGCCUCACAUGCAUCCAGGACCUCCACAUCAUCAUUACAUGCCACGUCCGUAUCUUCCAAGACCAAGAGCUCCAUUUGAAAAGCCUGAUAACAAAAAGGACAAAUUUCCUAACUAUUUACAUCAUAUUCAACCAGAGGAAGAUCCACUAGCUACCAGGACUUUGUUUGCUGGUAAUCUAGAAAUUAACAUUUCAGAUGUAGAACUAAGGGGUAUUUUCGGAAAGUAUGGUAUCGUGGAAGAUAUUGAUAUUAAGCGACCACCACCGGGAACUGGCAAUGCUUUCGCAUUUGUGCGUUAUCAAACCUUGGACAUGGCUCACAGAGCCAAAGUUGAAUUGUCAGGUCAGUAUAUUGGCAAAUUCCAAUGUAAAAUUGGUUAUGGCAAAGCUACCCCUACAACGAGAGUCUGGGUUGGUGGCCUUGGAGCAUGGACUUCGGUUACUCAGCUUGAGCGUGAAUUUGAUCGAUUUGGCGCGAUUAAAAAAAUUGAAUACAACAAGGGAGAUACCCAAGCGUAUAUUUUAUAUGAUUCGAUUGAUGCAGCUACUGCUGCCGUUAAGGAAAUGCGAGGCUUCCCCCUAGGUGCCCCGGAUCGCCGCAUCCGUAUCGAUUUUGCUGAUAAUGGAACAACGCCACCUUUCUCGAAACGUGGGGCAGGAUUUGAAGAGGGUGGAGAGUACCGUCGAGGUCCAGAUUAUGAAUAUCCGGAAGGUGCAGCAUCGUACGAUGACGCGGCUGGUUACGGUGGAUACAGUGGAAGACCAUUCCGUGGACGAGGAGGAUUCCGUGGUCGCGGAGGUUUCCGCGGCAGUUUCCAUCAUCGAGAUGGGCCUCCACAUCACCAUCACGGUGAAGGUGACGAAUGGCGUCGUCCACCAGCCGAUGGUGAAUACGAAUCCCGUCGGCGGUCUGGUUCACGUGAACCAGGUAUAGAUAGAUCUCGUUCUCGCUCACCUCGUCGACGAAGCCCAGCUGAUUCUGAUUCGGAUUCUUCGUCUAGGAGAACCGGCAUGUUGUCGAGUGCGCGGACAUUACCAGAAGUCGCCCGUAAAUCUACUACUGUAUGGCAGGGUGCGUUGAUACUGAAAAGCUCACUAUUCCCUGCCAAGUUCCAUCUGACUGAUGGAGAUAAUGACAUCGUAGAGAGCUUGAUGAAGGAUGAAGAAGGCAAACACCACCUUAGAAUUACUCAACGUCUGCGUCUAGAUCAACCCAAACUGGAAGACGUACAGAAACGUAUCUCAACUUCAUCCUCUCAUGCAAUUUUCCUCGGGUUGCCAGGAUCAACAUCCUCGGUAGCAUCGUCGGAUGACGCCAGUGUUCAGACACGCCCAUUACGUAAUCUCGUUUCUUACCUGAAGCAGAAGGAAGCCGCCGGUGUUAUAUCCUUGCUCAAUAAGGAAACAGAAGCCACUGGAGUACUGUAUUCAUUCCCGCCGUGCGAUUUUUCAACCGAACUGCUCAAGCGCACAUGUCACAAUCUAACUGAGGAAGGACUGAAGGAAGACCACCUUGUGAUUGUGGUUGUUCGAGGUGGAACGGCUUGAGUAGAAGACGAAAGCAACGUUGAUGCGUGAAAAAUUAUUUAUUAAGUUAUAUAACAAAACACUAUCGAGCGAACGUAAGAUCGAUCGACCUAAUCAGUCAACAUUGAAAACACACCCAUUCGAUACAAUUUGCUCUCAUCAUUGAUCUUAUACACAGAAGAGUACCAAGUAAAAAUAUAGCCAGUGAGAAAUGCAAAAAAAAAGAACGCAAAGUCCGCGAAGAAAAGUUCAAUGUGAAACUGAAACACGAAAAACCUCGACACGUUCAAUGCGAUGCUGGUAUACGACGCCAAAAAUGCGCUGGUGAUGAGUGAUGAUGAUGGAUUAUGUCCGAUGAGUGCGGUUUUAUGUGAGAGUUUUGUGUAUCGAAAUGGUGGCAACCAGCGGCGCGCGCAGUGCGAGUACAGUUAAAAAGCGGAAACCGGCAGAUUAGAACCAAAACGCUGAUGAAAAUGAUGACGUGACGUGGAAUAAAACACCGAGCCAGAGCCGGAGAUAAUGUGUGCAUCGAGGUGAAGUGGAAGUGUAACAUCUAGCGGUUGUUUUGUAGUUUUCAAUGGCGAGAUUCAUGCUAGGAUAAAUUUAUAAUUCAUAACAACGGAGAUAAAUCAAGCCGAGACGCAUUCAAAUGUAUAAUUAUGUCGUACAUUGAAAUUUUCGAUGUAGUAUAUUUUCCCAACAGUCAUUCAUUUCAUAAAGGUUGGGAAUGUUGCGAAAAUUUAUUCUCAAGUCCUAGUUUCCAUAGUGAGAAAAGAAAGUGACUAUAUAAGAAGGAGACACAUUUUAAACGAUCGAAGAAAAAAGAGUUGAAAAUAGAAAUGUGAGAAAACUGAAGUUUUGUUUUUAUGUACUACGCAGUAUAGUAAUGAUUUAGUGUUAACGUAUAAUAUAAUAACCGCUUCUGGAACUAUAAUAUUGUAUUACAAGCUAAGACACCCUGAGCGUAAAUAUAUACAAAAAAAACAUUUAAAAGUUUCGUGCAUCUAAAAUAUAUAGAUACGUAUCUGAAGAACAUCAGUAUACAAUGUGUUGUCCAGUGUUAAUGAAAUAUGUAGCAGAACAAAUUAAUUGCGUCAAAUGAAAGUGUUGCAAUCAAGCAUAAUUGACUCGAAAUGUACUUCUAGUGAUAUGUUCCGUUUUCCCUUAAUUUGUGAUGAGUUGUUUAUUAGUUUUGAUCAUUCAAUACAGUUUCUCCUGAUAGUUACAAACGAUCAAUAAGUUUGGUGGCCCUUCCAUAUUUUGAAGCAAUGCUGAAGUAAUUCGUGUAAUAAGUGUAGAAAUCGAUGAUUUGAUGAGUUUUGGCACAAUUCUAAUUCUAGUUCGUGUUAUGAACGUUUAUACCUCAUUUUUCGUUCAAGCGAUACAGUGUUUCAUGUUUCCCUUGAACUUAGUGCCAGUGCCGGUUUUGUGAUCUGGUUUGAUUAAUAUUGUGUUCGUGUCUAUCGUGAGCUCUGUUUCAGAGCUAUAUACAGUAAAUAAAAUUCUAGUUUUCUGUGUUCCGUAACGUUAAGUUUUCCCAUUAAAUGAAACUAAUGUGCUCGCCAUCACGAUAUUUAUGCUCUUCUUUUUGUGAAGUGCUACGUGAUUAGUAGUAGACCAUCACUUACGAUAGUGUAGCAGUGUUAACGUUUUUCCGAAUUUCUGGAGUUUCUACAGCUACAGAAAAAGUGCCGAAAUCGGAUAAUGUAUAAUGUAUUUUUUUCAUGUGAAAGUGAUUUCAAUGAAACAGUUGUUCGAAGCAAUAUUCCAAUAUUUGCUAAUAUUGACAGACAUGUCUCUAUCAAGCGCUUAUAAUAGGAUGUAGCAUUUGUUGUGAAAAUUCUGAUUUUGAAAUUGGUUUUACAAAUGUUACUUUGUAUUAAAAGGCGCUUUUACACGAAUUGCUGCCAGAUAGCACCGAAAGAGUACAGUGAUCGAGAACAUGGAAGUUUUUGUUUCGAUUCAGUUCAGUUUGUUUACUAUUUAUUUCACAAAUUAAUAUGAGAAGAAAACAGAUAAAAAUGUGUCAGUGAGUCAAAGUUGUAGCAUCUCUGUAUAUAUUCAACCAGAGCAAGAAGUUUACUUUUAAUAUGUGACUAUACAAUUGUGGCAACAGAUUUCUUCAAUUUCAAUCGCAAUUCUGUUCUCUGAAAUAUGCUCGAAUGUAUUACAUUGUAUUGUUGCAAAAAUAAAGUGUGUUUAUCAUCACCUAAA